AUGGUUCUGGGGAUAGUCAUGAUGACGGCCAUGGUGCCGACCAUUAUGGGACUAAAUGAGGCCUCCAAAGGCACGCGUGAUCAAGAGAACAACCGGAAGAAUACAGCACGCAAGCAGCGAUGUCACCUAGUGGCUAUGUGUGAAGUCAACAAGGGGACUCAGACCCAACGCGAACAGGUUCACAAUGCCCGUGUAUAUGUGGGGCGAGACGGCAAUCUUUAUAUCACCAAACAACCCAGCUCUACCAUGUCUCUUUUUAAUGGCGGCUUCUAUACACACCCGGAUUUUCCCCCUGACAACACCUCUGGCGUCGUAACCAUCACUGGCGAACAACCACCCACUUUGCGCUGGGUGUUCCUGGAUUCCAGCACGCAUCAAAUGCGAUGGGGUGGGCGUCCCGACAGUGAGGGUCACAUAUGUGGACCCUAUGACUGGACGAAAGACGAGCAGUGCAUCACGCUUGAGGGGUGGGAGGGGUGGCUGGCAGUCCGGUUACCGGAAGAUGGCACGAGGGACCAAGCGGAGGCGGACCUCGAGAUCGGCGAUGGUAAAGAGAUUUGGCGUCUGUAUUUCGAUCAAAAUGAUGAUGGGGCAGAUCUGCCGCCCGGUUCCGAAGGUGUAGAAAUUCGUCUCAAGCGAGUUACGUCGGAAUCGUGA